AAGUGCGCUUGUAAAUCUGUUGGAAUCGCUUCCUGUCUUGGGUGGUGGCCUCAAACUUUCUUACUCGACUUCAUUCCUCUGUGUGGGAAUGAGAGAAGGAAGAAAACUAGUUGUAUAAAAGCGAAAUACCGUGCAGCUGAAGAAGUGUUGUUGUGAACGACGUCGUUUGUUUGACUAAUCUUGAUACAUUUCUCGCGGAGGGAAAGUAAAUAUCGAGUUAAAGUCAUGCAGGCCAUCAAGUGUGUGGUCGUCGGGGACGGAGCUGUGGGUAAAACAUGCCUGCUGAUCAGCUACACAACCAAUGCCUUUCCUGGAGAAUACAUCCCCACAGUAUUUGAUAAUUACUCUGCAAAUGUGAUGGUGGAUGGGAAACCAGUGAACCUGGGUCUCUGGGAUACAGCAGGACAGGAGGACUAUGACAGACUUCGUCCCCUGUCGUACCCUCAAACGGACGUGUUUCUCAUCUGCUUCUCCCUUGUGAGCCCAGCCUCUUUUGAGAAUGUUCGUGCAAAGUGGUAUCCAGAAGUGAGACACCACUGUCCAAACACUCCAAUCAUCCUGGUAGGAACCAAGCUUGAUCUGAGAGAUGACAAGGACACCAUUGAGAAGCUGAAGGAGAAGAAGCUCACCCCCAUCACCUACCCUCAAGGCCUGGCCAUGGCCAAAGAGAUCGGGGCUGUCAAGUAUCUGGAGUGCUCAGCGCUCACGCAGCGCGGCCUUAAGACGGUGUUUGACGAGGCCAUCCGGGCCGUGCUCUGCCCUCCCCCUGUCAAGAAGAGGAAGAGGAAAUGCCUGCUGCUCUAGAGUUCUGAGGAAAGAUUGCUGUGAUCCAAACUGUAUUUCUAAGGGGAGAAGUUAGAAAUGAAACCAUGUUUUUAUUUUUCACUUCCUCCAUUGUAAUUACCAGUACAACUUUAUACCGUCACAACACUUUUAUCAAUAUUAUCAAUAGUUAAAAAAUCGACCCCCAACCCAUCUCCCUUAGACAGACACACACUAUUGGACGACCUGCGGCCUUUGACUAAUGGAUAUUAACUUUUAGAUGGUUAACAAUGUCCUGAAGUUGGUUCCUUCCAUUGAGAACCCGUAAUGUUUGUUUACAGUCUCUGUUUGAAAGAUCUUGCCAAAUAGCACUACAUUAGGAUGGGGCGGCCCUGCAUACACCACAUUUGUUGCUUUUUACCCCCUCAAGGUCUGCAGCCAUUUGGUAAACCAGAACUAACUGUUGGCUACUGUGAAGCAAAUGUGAUGUCUUGUGGUUUAACACUUUUUUUUUUUUU